AUGGAACAGCAACCUUCAACGACACACUCACCUCCCCGUGAAGAGCAGCAACAGGCAAAUAAUGUGCCCAUAAAUCAGAAUCAGCGCCCUCCAGUGAACCCGCAAUCAAUGCCGCAACCACACAUGCUGCACCCAUUUCGUCCACUCCUUCCAGCUGGCUGGACUGAACAUCGUGCACCCAAUGGAAUGUUUUAUUAUUAUAAUGCAUCAACUGGACAAAGUACCUGGGAAAGGCCAAUAAUGCUUCCACCACCACCGCCCAUGGGCGUUUCACCAAUGGGAGUGCCUCCUCAAUUAGUGCCUGGGGUACAUCCUUCUCCUUUUCAGUCUCACUCUAGGAAAGAACGUAUUUAUUCCUUUCUGAAACAAAUUGGCGAAACUUCAUGGUACAUUGUCAAAACCACGGAAAGCAAUGAAUUUUAUUAUAAUUCUGAUACAAAACAGUCUGUAUGGGAAGUUCCGGAAGAAGUUGUAGACGAAGUGAAGAAGAUCAAGGAGCAGGAACUAAUCGAGCAAUCAAAAGUCAGUGAAAAUGGCGGAUCGAAGAGAAAAAUAAAUGAAACGGAGGAAGACAAUAAUAGUGAAGAUCCUUCUUUGAAGAAAGUUCGAGGUGCUACUGAGGAAGGAACAGGACUUGAAGGGACAGAGUUAACUGCAGAUGAUAUUGCGUAUCAACUUCAAUUUAUGGAAGAACAAGAGCAAGAGUUAGAUGGAACCGAAGAAACAGAAAAUAAUCACGACAUCAAUACACAUGGUGAAAAUAGGACUGAAGGUGCUGAUUUUGCUAGUAGUGGUCAAAUAGGGAGAAAAACGGAACCAGAGAGAGAAGUAGAGCUUUCCCCGGAGGAGAGAAUUUUAAUGUUCAAAAGUCUACUUAGAGAUAUGAAUGUUUCACCGUUUGCUGUGUGGGAAAAGGAGCUACCGAGAAUAAUACACGAUCCUCGAUAUACAAUAAUUUCCACUUUGAAGCAACGAAAAGAAAUAUUUGAUGAGUAUUGUAAAGAAAAAGUUAUCGAAUUGAGAGCAGAAAAGAAGAAAAAAGCAAAGACUCGCUCUGUUCAAGAGGAGUUCGAAAAAUUACUUGAAGAGGAGGUUUCGCUUGGAAACCACUGGGAAGAUUUUCGUAGGAAAUUUAAGCGGGAUCAGAGAUUCAAGGAUUACGACGAUGAAAAAGAAAAGGAAAAGAAAUUCCGGGAGCAUAUAAAGUAUUUGAAAGAUAAGGAAGCAAAGAAAAAAAAAGCACAACAAAAAAGAGCAGAAAAAGAGUUCAUAGAGCUACUGCAAGAGACUAGAGAAAUACAGUACGAUUCCAGUUGGCGAAAGAUAAAACGAUUAAUUGACGAAGACCGUCGAUAUGAAGCACUCGAAUCAGAAGAUAGAGAACGAUUGUUUCGAGAGUAUUGCCGAAAAUUAGAGGCGGAAGACGAAGAGGAGAUGGCCAAAAAAGAGGAAGAACGUAAACAGAGAGAACGAAGAACCAGAGAAGAGGCAAGUCUAAGAAAAAGAGAAGCUGAAGUUCGACGAGAAUUAAGUUUUCACAAUCGAAGUAGAGAUUUUGUGAAAAAAUCUGCGCUGCACGGCGAAGCAGUAUUAGAAUUUCAAGGUUUAUUGAUUGACAUGAUUCGAAAUCACCAGGUUACAUGGGACGAGAAAAGGCCUGAACUUGAACGAGACCCGCGCUUUCAAAAUGAAAGUCUCACACUUGCAGACAAGCUCCGCCUUUUCGAAGACCAUCUCACAAGUAUCUACCAAAAGCGUCUAAAAGCAUACCACGAGCUUCUCGAUCAAAAUGUAAAAUUAGACACUACAUGGGUUGAGCUACAAUCCAUUGUAAAAGAUGAUCCACGCGCGGUCAGACUCUCUAAACAAGAAUCUGUGUUGGAACCGUUAUUUGAAAAGUACCUCGAGUCUCGGAUACAAAGGGCCACUGCUGAAUUCAAGCAGCUGCUGCAUGAGAACCAGUUUGUCGAGUAUCGUUCUAGGAUGAUGAAACUUUCGGAAGAUGGCGCAACUGAUGAAACUGGUGCCGGCAAAGAGAAAGCACCUGGUUUGACUAUAGAAGAAAUACAUGACGUCUUAAAAGAUGACCAGAGAUACUUGGUUCUAAAUCCUAUGUCCGAGCUUCGAGAAACUAUCAUCAAAGAAUAUCUUGAAAAUAUCGAAACUCCGAGUCUUACUGUUCAUCAAGGAAGAGACUAG